AUGACAAUUACUGAUGAUUUGUUUGAAGAAUUCAAUCAUUUGUACUUGCCAUCAAUCAAUCACCAAUUGACUAAAGAGUUAUGUAGAGGUACAUUGUCUGAUUCCAGAUUAUUCACUUACUUGGUUCAAGAUUUGAAAUAUUUCGAUAUUGGAUUGAAUUUAUUUGCAAAGACAAUGACUUUGUGUGACAAUAUGAAGUCUAAGAUUGUUCUUGGUAAGCAGAUUGGAUUUAUUGCAAAUGAUGAAAAUGAUUACUUUGAAAAGGCUAUUGAGGAAUUGAAAUUGACUGUCAAUGAUACCAUUCAAGACAAAGUGUUACCUGAAGUAGACCAAUAUUUGAAGUAUAUGACUUAUUUGAUCGAAGAUUCUAAAUCAUAUCCAGAAUUGGUAACUGCUUUAUACUUCAUGGAACAAGUUUAUUUGGGGUGGGCCGAUUUAAAUAUGGCUUCAGUACCAGAAGAUUUAGAGUAUAAGUAUAAAGAAUGGAUUGAUCUACAUAGUGGUGAGGAUUUCACCAAAUGGACAAACUUCCUUAGGUCAGAAGUAGAUCGGGUAGGUUCAAAAGAUUUGAAAGGUGUCAAGUCUGCCACAGAAAAAGUUCUUACUUUAGAAUUGCAAUUUUUCGAUAGCUGUUAUAAUUAUUAA